CAGGUAGGAUGAAGUUCUCGUGCAGAUAUCGCUGAUCUGUGAUUGUUCACGUUCGUCAGCGUCAAGUGACAGUUAUGACUUAGUAAUGUGACCGAAUUUCGUACGAUUGGGGCAGGAGUAGUGUAGUUCGUGAGAGGAUUGAUGGAUGAAACGCGUUCGAAAUAAAAUCUUUACAUAGCGAAAUGGAAGAUUUUGGGAAUGAAAAAUCGGAAUCAACUGCGGUGCAAUGUCACGUAUUUUUUUCUGAGAAUAUGCAUUGCACCAUAAAUCAUUUGAUGCUGUGAAGAUCGUGAAUAAAAGCAUCUUGUUAGAAAAUCUUUUAACAUAUGGAAUAUGAAACAGUGUUGCAAAUUCUGUCAUUCAAACAGAUCUGAUUUGUAGCCUGGGACAAAUAAUCCAUCUUUGAUUGUUGUAUUGGUAUCCCAUGCCUAUCAACAAGCAUUAUCCAGCAUCACCAUUCCGGGUUCACGUUCAGUGAUGAUCUUUUGCGGUCGGACAACGUCAUCUUUUGUGUGCACCAUCCCAUUCCUCCACACCGUAGUAAACAAGCGCAUUAAAAAAGGUUUGCAUAAUACACCCAUCGUCUGGCAGUAACAGCCUUGGACUUGCUGCAUUACAAGCACCCGCUACAACGGUUCCACAACGUCCACACGUCGCUUUGCAAUCGAUGGCUUUUAGAGAAAAUAGCACCAACACCAACGACCGAAGUCGCUUUCGCGACGCCAGAUGCAUAGUGAUCGACACUGCAGUUGCACUCGCUGCAUUUAGUUAACGCCGGACAGUCAGCAGAGCAGCUUACCGGUAGCUUUGCGUGUACAGAGCGCCAGAUAUACGCAUAUAGUGCAGGAGUAAAAAGUGCACGCAUUGUAGUUGUAGUACUAACUCACCAUACAAGAAACUUUACGUUUGCGGGUAAUUUUGAGUUCCUGACGUCACAAUGCACUGCUCGGCGACAGUCACUGCAGCGUUACUGGUGCUGGCUCUUGCAAAAACAGGAUUUGGCCUCGAGUGUGACUUCUGCGACUAUUACGAAGAAUGCGCGCUGGGAAAGGACGUACGUGUGGUGACAUGCGAUGAGGGCACGGUGUUAAAAAACAACGACACUCUAGUCAACUUCAUUCCGUCCCUUAAAACGAUCCUGCCAGCAAGCUCACAUCGAUACGAGUGCUUCCACGUGCGAGCGACAUCCGUGAGUGGCCACGUGUUCUUGUUUACCCGAGGAUGCGUCCACCAGCUGGAAGGAGAAAGACGCUUCUGCUCCCUGCGACACGUCGCCUUUCAGGGCUCGCUGGAGUGCAUCGCUUGCAACGGUGAUCGGUGCAACAACGUUCCCGUCUUACUGGAUGACGGAUCAGGAUCCGGCAAAGCGGUGCGAAGUUCGUUGAUCUCACUUGCAAUCUGCUCAUUACUUGCAGUUUCACUCGGCACCUCAACAUCGAACCCCUACAGCUGAUGAAUAAUGAGAAUAAAAAGCAUCCAACCCACCUCAACCCA